UAAGCCCGGACCUACAUAUAAUUUUCACACACAAAAAUGAAUUCAGUCGAGUUCACCAUACCAUCUAGGUAAGGGUACAAAACCCCAACAAAAAUAAAGUUCAAUUAUUGUUCAUGCAUAUUCAUUAUUUUCUGUAUCCCGAAUUUAAUCUUAAUUUUAAUAUGAAAUUUUUGACUAGGCUAUAAUCAGGGGAUUAAAACGUUCUCUCAAGUCUGAAUCAAUAUGAAGAUAUAGCAGCCAUCUUAUGGCAUUUCAGAAUGCUUCCAUCCGUUUUCGGCAAGGAGGCAUCACCCCCUGGACCCUCUACCAGGGCAUCAUUUGUUACGCCCCUGGAGACAGGCUAUUGACAACCACGUUGAUGUUAUAGGGGGAUCAUAAGCCUCGAUUAGAGUGACUCUGUUGUCGAUGUCUUAUUUACAAAUACAACCUGUCAUCAUCUGCUGUACGACUGGAGACAGUUAUGAAGAGUAUUAUGGUUUACCGUAUUUACAAACUUCAUAUUCUAUUGCAGAUGGCGCUGGAAUAUUGCCAAGUAUCCACUUUAAUUAACAUUCUUUUUGUUGUGACCUUGUCCCAAACAUCUGGAAUCACCAUCGACACUAGACUGGGACGGAUUGAAGGCGUCACCGCUGUGGUAAAUAACGUCAACAUUCAUCAGUUCCUGGGUGUACCAUUCGCCAAACCUCCCAUCGGAGCGCGUCGGUUCCAGAAACCGCAACCUUAUGGAAAUUGGACAGGGACACUGAGAGCUACAGAGUUUGGACCGUCAUGUAUGCAGUAUAUUCGUGAUAAUGACAAACGAUUGAUUCCUAAUCUCAACAUUACAGAGGACUGUCUUCAGCUGAACGUUUUUGUCCCACGUAAUAUCAGCAAACAAAAUAAUCUCACCGUCAUGGUGUGGGUACAUGGUGGGGGGUUUACAAACGGUCAGGGCACGAUGUUCAACAGCUCUUACCUGGUCUCGCUCACUGACGUCAUAGUUGUUACCAUUAACUACCGACUGAAUGUUUUUGGAUUCCUCUAUGCGGGUCACGACACCAGUUAUAAGGGACAUUAUGGACUUUUUGACCAACAGUUAGCUUUCAAAUGGGUAAAAGACAACAUCGUAGAUUUUGGUGGAAAUCCAAACAGUAUAACUAUUUUUGGAGAAUCUGUCGGGGGUAUCUCGGUAACUUUACAAAGCAUCCUUCCAAGUAAUCUAGGUUUAUUCCAUCGUGUCAUUGCAGAAAGUGGGUCAAUCAUAAAGUCUGCGGACAUCAGUGGUACAGACACACUGACUUUAAUGAAAAAAACUGCCAAACUUCUAAAUUGCUCAAAUCCAACUGUUGAAGAGACGAUAAAAUGCUUGCAAUCUGUUAAUGCAUCUUACCUGAUGGCAAAAUAUCACGAAGCAAUGCCAUCACGAUUUAGGUUUUCAUUUACUCCCGGAGGAGAACUCUUAAACGAAACUCUUUUCAGCGAUUUGAAAAAUAAAGAGUCAUUAACCUUCCAAAUGUUUCAGAAUAUCGACAUAAUGGCGGGUAACAAUGUGGGGGAAGCUGGCUUGGAGUACUUUGAUUUAGAUGGUCAUCAAAAAGCUUGGAAAUUCAAUGUUUCCUUGGGCAUUCCUGAAAAUAUUCUGUGCGAUCACGUUAUACCAGCUAUAUCAAAAGACUUGAUACGUGGUUGUGAUGAUUUGACUGUUGCGAUAUGUCACAAUUAUUUGCAGAACUUGUCAGCUUCUGCUUCUCUUCAGGAUCAAACACAGGCCGCGGCAGAUUUGUAUGCGGAUGCUUCGUUGCAUUAUCCAACAUACCACUUACUUCAGUUGCAUUCAAAGGCGACAAGCAACAGAACUUACCUAUAUUCUUUUUCACACAAGCCCAUGUGGGAACUUAUACAGAACAGACCAGCGUGGCUACGAGGACCGAAUCACGCCUCGGAGCUAGCCUUUGUAUUUGGGCUCAAGGACUGGUAUCCAAAGAACGUGACCCCGUCAUCUGCAGAACUCGACUUGUCGCACUCCAUGAUGGUUAUGUGGACCAACUUUGCCAAAUAUGGAAACCCAAACUUCGCUAAUGACACUCGAUGGAAAACGUUUGACCAAAGAAACCAAAACUAUAUGGGCCUUGACAUACCUUUAACACCAGGUGUAUCUUUAUAUGGACACAGGAUGCGUUUCUGGAAUGAGGAGGUUCCACGUGUGGUGGAUGCAUGUAGGGAUGACACUUAUGUAGUUCCAACUUCCAUAGGGAAAAUUCGCGGACUCGUAACAGAAGUAGAUUCUCAUAAAAUUUUGCAAUUCAGAAAAAUACCAUAUGCUAUGCCACCGGUGAAGAAUUUAAGAUUUGCUAAACCAGUUUCAAUCACUCCUUGGGAAGGGACUCUAAAUUCUACCGUCUUUGGACCCUCCUGUAUUCAAUUUCUAGACAAAAAUAAUCCCAGACUCCCAAAUGUAAAUAUGUCUGAAGAUUGUCUCUAUUUGAACAUCUACGUGCCAUUUCCCAUCCGACAGUCUUCAAGGAAAGCUGUGAUGAUUUGGAUCCAUGGAGGAGGAUUCACUGGGGGUCAAGGCACUUCUCUUGACGGAAGCCGUCUAGCUCUCAAAGGUGACGUCAUUGUUGUUACCAUCAAUUACCGAUUAAAUAUCUUUGGAUUCCUCAGCACUGGUAGUUCAAACAUAAAAGGUAACUACGGAUUGUACGACCAGCAACUUGCCAUCAGAUGGGUAAAUGAAUACAUUCUGCCUUUUGGGGGAGAUCCACAGAAAAUAACGUUAUUCGGAAAUUCCGCUGGUGGAGUAUCCACCACAUUACAAGGGGUCAUACCGAGCAAUCAAGGACUGUUUCAAAGAGUGAUUGCUGAAAGUGGAUCGUUCCUAGCUCGACGUGACUAUCAAAGCAAAACAAUUGAGACGUCCAAGCAAGUAAAUGAAAAACUUCAAUGUCCAAGUACCCCUGAUACAGAGAUGCUAAAAUGUCUCCGGUCAAAGAACGCAACUGAUUUGUUGAAUACUUGGCUCCGUAUUGCCUGGAAUCACUCCGGUAUCUACUCAAUGACGACAUCGAUUGGUCCAAUCACAGACGGUGAACUUAUUCCCGAAUCUCCCGAUUCUGCAACUAUAAAUUAUAAGUCACCGAUGUACAGACAGUUCAGCAGCAUUGACCUCCUUGUUGGCACAAACACUGCUGAUUCUGUACUGCUUUAUUUUAAUUUGCAACCCUAUGCUUCAAGAUUUGAAUUUAACAUAUCUGAAGGCAUUCCAACCAGAAUAGUUUGUGAUGAAAUGGCACCUGCAAUUGUGAGGGAAAUAUUCGAGAUAAAAUGUCCAGCUUUGAUCGCCGCUAUAUGUAAGCAGUAUACACCAAAACAAUCGGCGACACUUCAAGAUCAGUCUCAGAUGGCUGCAGAUCUAUAUGGAGAUUUUCUGGAGGACGUACCUACUAUCAAAUCACUCAACUCCCAUUCACCCUCGGCAAGGUCAACAUUCCAGUACUUAUUUUCACACAGACCUAAUUGGGAGGUGAUUGGCGAGCACCCAUCAUGGUUAAAAGGAGCAAACCAUGCGUCUGAAAUACCCUUCGUAUUCGGACUAAAGACUUUUUAUCCAUCAAAUGUCAAAAUAACGCCAGAAGAACAGGCACUCGAAGAUCAAAUAAUGGAGUACUGGACAAAUUUUGCCAAAUUUGGAAACCCGAAUGGAAACUCCAAAGGCAGCUGGAAAUCCUACACCCUCAAAGAAAAAGAGUACAACAAUCUAGAUCUUAAUAUAACAAUGUCAUCAAUGUUAUAUAAAAACAGAGUUGAUUUUUGGAUGUCUGCAGUCCCCAAUAUUGUAAAGAGCUGUCACUCACAAUCUGUAAACUUCGCCUAUAGUAUCCAUGCUAACAUCUCAUUAUUUGCUGGAUUUAUAACAGUUAUCAUCAGGUGCUUACGUUAUUGAAAUGUCUGACUUAUCAAAUGUUCAACGAGAGCACAUUGUCAAUCAUUUAUAUUUGUUAAAAUUGAUAAUAAGUCUCUAAUACUACAUGUGUAAAAUACAACUGAUAGUGCAUAUCUAAUGGUACAGAGAGCAGUUACGUUGGACAGGGGGGGGGGGGGGGGAUCUGAAGUCACUUUACGUACACUGAGGAGACCCAUCCUGGACGUGUAAUGUGAGAAGAAAAAAUCUCUUGUGGCCUUCAAUUCGACAUUUAUUAGAUAUAUCGCAGUGGCGUAGCUAGGUUUGGAAUAUGUGUAAGCAGGGGUACCGCCCCCAGAAGCUGAGGACAUUUUUCGUAAUAUGUAAUAAAAAUUUAACGAAAAUAUUUGUAAGCACGUGCAUACAGUGCUACAGUGUAGCUACGCCACUGUAUCUAUUACAAAUGUAACAAUGAUAAUUUUCAUUCAUAUCUUGAUUUAAUAUAUCCCAGUGAACUCGAAAUAAAAGACACCACAGAGUC